AUGUCGCUGCAUGACCGAAAUACAGAACACCCACAAAUGUAUUGGAUCUUCCAUCGCGUUCGCCAAUCCACCGAUGGUCAUCGAUAUCUGACAGUAACACGACGCUUGCAAACGUUAUUGGCUGGUAUGAAGCUGCGAGGCGACGGAAUGGGAUGCUUGACUGCCAGUGGAAUAACGGGCGACGAUGUUUCGACCGAUGUGCGGAAAAUGCAUAUUGUCAUGAGGGGCGAUGCGCCACUGGGACCAAUUGACGACGGGUAUAUUGCUGAUGAGGCUUUACACUCCUCGAGCAGCUGCCCUGGUCUACUGUUUCUAACAGACGAAACGCGCUGCCCCAUGAAAGGGCCCAUUAUGCCUUGGCAAUCUAAGGCUGCACCGCGCACUGAGCCUAGCCCAUCAGGCUGGUGGGCUGCAACAGCUACUCGGAAGGCUUGUGUCUUACCUCAUAGCUCUCACGGUUCGCGUGUGCCUGAAUCUAUUCCCUUGUCCGCGGUGGUCGUCCCUGGCCCCAGAGCAGAUCUGGAGCUGGCAAUGUUGAAAGGCUGUUCUUGUGGGCCGGUAUUCGAUGACUACUGA